AUGGUAGAACGCGAAGUGGACCCGAGAGAAGGUCUGAAAGAGAGACUGCCAUCUGGCAAUAUCCCAGGCGUGUCUCACAAGUUUGGUAUUCACAGAAAGCUCAAUGUCACUGACUUCAGAUGGCGCUCGGACGAAGAAGAUCCAAUACCCUCGUAUGCGACGCUCAACGAAGACGUUCUUCCAGGAGUACAUGAAGUCCAGCCUUCAACAGCUAUCGAGUUUGAGAUUCCCAUCGGGAACCCCGAGGCAACCUACGAAUCGAGCCCGGCUGUCGGGACGACGAAAGGUUUAUGA